UCUUUGUGUGGUUCGAAACAAACUGAAUGAAAACUUAAGCCCUUUGGCUUGAACAUCAGCAAAGGAUUUCAUUAUUUUCCAGUAUAUGGAGCUUUUUUUUAAUGUUAUUUCGAAAAACUCUUGAAGGAUUUCAACCAUAUAGUUAAUUGCAUUUCAUUCUAAUGACAAAUAUUUGUGAACAAAAUAUUUGGAUAAUUUUUGAGUAGGAAAUCUGCAAGCCUUACAAACAGGAAGACUGAUCAUUCUUCACUGCCUCUUUUUACUGUUUGUGGCGCAGGAGAAAUUGUCACCAACAUCGAGUGCACAAAACUACCAUGACGAAUUCAACUGAAAUACUGUUUGUUCUACAAGGACUGAAUGACACGAUGUCAAACAAACGCAUAUACUUUGUUGUCACUUUUUUCGUUUAUCUUUUUACUAUUUUAGUGAACCUGACUUUGACCGUGACCAUUAUUUUGGACAAAACGCUCCAUGAGCCCAUGCUUAUAUUUCUCUGUAACUUGUGUGUAAAUGGGAUAUGUGGUGCCUCUACAUUUUAUCCAAAGAUAUUGCUGGACCUUUCAUCUGAAUUGAGUGUCACUCCAUAUAAAGCUUGUCUCGCUCAAAUAUUUUUAAUAUACUGCUGCGUAUUCUGCGAGUUCAAUACGCUAACAGUGAUGGCUUAUGACAGGUAUGUCGCGAUAUGCAAGCCGCUCAAUUACCACUCCAUCAUUACGCCUCGGAAGAUUGUGAAACUCCUGCUUUUGACCUGGCUUUUUGCCAUCUGUGAACCUGCUAUUGUCGUGAUCCUUACAGCCAGACUGCCCCUGUGCGGAAACAAACUUGAAAGGAUUUACUGCACAUGCUGGGCCGUGGCGAAGCUGUCAUGCGUGGACACCACCAUUAACAACAUAUACGGCUACAGUCUCAUGAUUUUUCACAUUGCACAAGCAUCGCUGAUCUUGAUUUCCUAUGACAAUAUCAUAAAAGUCUCUGUGCGAUCAGCGGAAGAUCGGAGUAAGUUCAUGCAGACCUGUUUGCCCCAUUUAAUCGCAGUGACCAGCUUCUUGAUCGCAUUUCUUUUUGACCUCCUGUACGCUCGCUACGGUCCCACCGAUCGUCUGCACGAACUUCGUAAUUUCAUGUCCCUGGAAUACCUCAUUGUUCCACCGCUUCUAAAUCCCCUCAUCUAUGGCCUGAGACUGAACCAGAUCCGCCGGAGAAUCUUUAGAAUUUGCAGCCAGAAAGUACGUGCUCUAAAGUGAAUAUUGUGUCAAGUUUGCUGUCCAGGCAGGAAAUGAUAGAUUUUUUUUUUAAAUCUGUGAUUGAUUGAAUUUAACAUUUAGAGCUGAUAUAUAGGCAUUUGAAUUGUUAUCAGUUCAGUUGUCUCAUUUACUACCUAAAUUUUCUUUAAGAUUUUGUUUGCAAACCCUGUAUAGUCUAAUUUAAUUCUCUCGCACCCAUACAGGUAGGCCUACUGUAGGUGCCUGGCACACAGUAGCGUACACAAGUUUAGUCCUCACAGUGAAACUGCUUCAUAAUUAAAAACCAACCCCUGUGGUUUGUCUGGUCUUCAAAGCACAAAUAUAUUGCUUAUGUGCACACCUUCCAAAGGCAUGGAUAUGUAACUGAUUUGAAUGAGGAAAUAUGCGAUAACAUAUUAGAUAAUAAAUAUACAGAAAAUGGGAGACUUCUUUCCAGUAAUUCUUCAAAAGAUCAACACAGUAAAAGAAACUUGAAAAUUAUGAUGUGGCUUAAAAUAACUUUUGUUUCUGUUCUGAAAAAACAUACAAAAGUGCCUAGAGGAAAAUGAAAAAUCUUUAAUCCUUAAAAUGUAUUACCUCAUAUGGACAUUGACAAAAAAAAAAAGAAAAAACUCCAUUAGCAACAGGAAGAAAAUGAUCAAAUUCACAAACAAAUCAGUGCAUAUACAAUAUCAAAUAAUGCAGAGAAUAACUCUCAGACACACUUUUAAAAGUAACAGAUAAAACCACACAGUUUAAAA